AACAGGUAUGAUGCAGCGCCAGCUACCAUGGUACUUCAGGGGAGUGAAUUGAACCCAGCUCUCAUGGUCUUGGCGGGUUGGAUGCAGAUACUUGGGGAGCCACCUUUGGAGCUUAUGGGGGAAGCGAGUGUACGGGAAAACAGACUAAUGCAAGGAUGCCAUCAAAAAGCUUUUUACGACUUUGAAGGAGGGAAACUGGAGAGCAAGAAAACGGGGGUCAUGGUACAUUAUAUUACCAAGCAGUUCGAUCGAGGAGCUGUGAUCAUGGCGAGAGAAAUUGAGGGUAGACAAAACAAGGGGUUGGGUCAGCUGGAGGACAGGAUGCGUUGUCUUGACCAUGAGGUCGUUGGUAAGGCGACAACGCUAGUAUUUGAAGAGAUCCUCUCUAGUAAAGCA